AAGCUGCAACAUAGUUUCGACAGAAUUUCCAAUUGCGAUUUCACGAGAAAUUCAAACAUUUACGAGCAUAACGACCUUUCCCGAGUUUUGAAAUCUUAUAAAAAAACGACUUUUAUUAGUUCGGAAAACAAAACGACAAAAUACGGUUUGAAAAUAACGAACAACACAUUGACGACGGUAAAGCUCAAAACCAUAGAACAAGACUCUGAAAUAACCCGAUUCGACCACAACAGCAACAAUACCCGCCAUUGUUGCAUUCAAAAAACUAUCAUGUCGCAGUCUGGUCGAGAUCAUGUACCUCACCCUGGCCAGAGCCAAUCGACUAACCAUUCUCCACGGCGUACAACACCACCUCCUCCGGUCACGAAUGUCACGAACUUUCUUCAAAAUCCGGAGUUUAUCCAAGGCUUGACUUCAUUAAUAGCUCGAGCCAUGCCCAGGAACUCGAGUACGAUACCGUUGUCGAUGUCGUUAACUACUAACCCAACAGAACAUCCAACCCACACUCAUCAUGAUCAUGAAACACAUGUAGCGACAUCACAUGCUACGUCGCAGCCUCAUCAUACUUCUCCACGUCAAGAAGAGCAGGCUCAUGUAAUUGCUAAUCCCGUAACGAACAAUCAAGUCCCAGAUCAACCUCCUGUGCAGGAGAUGACUGCUGAAAGUCAUUCUGCUCAUCACCAGAGAGUUUCGCCACGUCCUAGACCCAUUCCGUCAGCACCUCACGCUCGUGAAGAUUUGCGACGCCAAAUUGAACGGAAUCGACUUUCAAGACACAGUGCAGAGGAAAUUGAAACCCUUCGUAAACGUUUGGCUGAACUUGAGACGCGACAGAAGUCACAAGAAGACUCACCCCGACAUGUCACGACGUCGGGAAAUGUUAUUGUCGAGGCGGAUUCUUCUUUAGCCCCCGAACUUAAUGCGGAGGCACUCCCUGUGAAAGUGAAAAUUCCACAAAUUGGCAUGUAUGAUGGGACAUCAGAUCCAGAUGCACAUUUAGGCCAUUAUACAUCUUGGAUGGAUUUACAUGGGGCUUCAGAUGCUUUGAGGUGUCGGAUGUUUUCACUUACACUGGGGCCACGAGCCAAAAAAUGGUAUUAUACUCUCCCACCUCAUUCGAUUUGGAAAUGGCAACAGUUACGUGCAGCCUUCCGAUCACACUUUAUCGGUGCUCAAAUUUGUCGCAUUCCGAAAGAAUCGAUUACCAACAUUGUGCAAAAGGACGACGAGACUGUCAAAGACUAC